AUGACCAAUUUCCGCAUCACCGUAACAUCCGACGUUGCGUGCCCUUGGUGCUACGUUGGACGCCGGCAACUCCAGCAGGCUCAGCAGCUUUGGUUCCAGAAGCAUCCAGACAGUGGUGACACCUUUUCCGUUACGUAUGCGCCCUACCAACUCAAUCCGGGGUGGCCCCGGGGCCCAGGGUCAAGCAUCGAGAAGCAGCAGUUCUACGAUGAAAAAUUCGGACCCGGGCGCAUCGACAUGAUACAUGAAUCUCUCUCCAAGGUCGGCCAUCAACUAGGCAUCAACUUCAAGUACGGUGGCAGGACGGGCAACACAAGAGACUCACACCGGCUCAUCCAUCUGGCUAAGCAAUAUGGUCCCGAGGUCGAGCUCAAGACCAUCGACGGGCUCUUUGCCGCUUAUUUUGAGCAUGAGAGGGACAUCACCACGCACGAAACGUUGCAGGACAUUGCGACUCAGGCCAGCAUCCCCGUACAAGAUUUCAAAGCGGCCAUUGUCGAGAGUGACCAAGGCGGCGCCCAAGUCGACAAGGCCGUAGCGCAGGCCAGAUCAGACGGCGUCAGCGGCGUUCCGGACUUUCAGAUGCAGGACAGGUAUAGACUGAGCGGCGCGAACGACCCGGCGACUUUUGUGCGCGUCUUUGAGAAGAUCAAGGCACUCGGGUGA